UCUAGAGACAUCCAGAGGCAAACAGAAGACUCGCGGCUCGCCAACUUUUGUUUCUCUCUCUAAAAGUCUAAACUUUAACUACCCUUUAGACCACAAGUCCAUUCUCAAUAAUUCUCAUCACGGUCACAGACAGAAAACUUAGGGUUAGGGUUACGGUUGGAGUUGGAUGGCUUCCUACUUGUCCUUGAAGAUGAAGCGGAAGGAGCUUGAAGAGGUCAACGAUGAUUUCUCCGACUUCUCCUUGUCUUCUCCCGCCAGAAAAAUUCGCCGACUGGAUGCAGAAUUGCCGCCAAUAAUGGAGGAAGAGGAGCAUGAUGUUCCUGUCGAAUUUGAACAAUUAUUGCCUGAAAAGCAAGUUGAAAAUACACGGGAGGAAAUGGAUGGUAUUCCAUUGAAUGCAGAGAGGGCUAUAGUUCUCUUCAAGCCUGUUAACUCGCCAUUGAUGCAGUCUCCAUCAAAGUUUUCAGUCUCCGUUGAUUCUGAUAUUAUUUCCGGUUUUAAGAAUCAAUUUCCUUGGUCGAGCCAGCCUAAUCUCAGAAAGUCAGGGGAGGAUGAAACAGGAAGUGGGGAGAGAAAUAGUAGGGUAACAAAUGAGUGCUUAGCUGUAGUUCCCUGGGUCCCUUCGCAUCUCCCUCAAGCAUCAGGGGUGAAGGUGCCCCAAAUAGAGGCUGUGGAGUUGAUGGAGGAGGCAGAAGAAAUGGAGGUCACAACGAUGGACAUUGAAGACAACAACUUGAACCCAGAGCAACAGCAAGAACAUGGAUUUGGAGGAAUGAGGGGAAGUGAAAGCUUACAUCAAUGGCAGCAGCAGCACUGUAUGACUCCACAGCUUCCCCAGACCAUGUCUACCCCUAUCACAUGGUUCCGGUGACAAUCUUAAUAAUUAGUUAGUAAUAAUUCCUUAUUCCUCCACUAUGUAACCUUUUGCCGUGUGCUUUUUAGUCUCCGAGCCUGCAAGGGGAUGCAAAAAGAGAUUAAAGAUGUGAAGGUAGAUUUUGCAGAAGAAAGGGCCGUCCGGCAAGAGGGUUUGUGUGUGUGUGUUCAGCUAUGGAACUUGCUUAAUAGCCAUUUAGCCAGUGUUAAUAGAUAUUUGGGUAUUUGGUUGGAAGCUUUUGAAGGAGAGCUGCCAUUUCCCUUUUUCGUGAUCUCUUUUGGGUUGAAUCAUAAUGGGAGUCAGCUAAGGUGUUGUGAGUUGACAAAUGUGGGUAUGCCAAAUUUCAGCAUCCGUUCUCGGUUAUUUGCUCAUGAAUCCACCCUCCUGCAGACGCUGAGAUUAUGUUCAUCUAAUCUAUCAAAAUUAAACAACUUCAGUGCCCUUUUA